AUGACUUGCCUACAACUUCUCCACCACCUCCACCAUAUUUUCUUCUUCAUUAAAUGGUUGCAUUUCCAAGCGAGAUGAACAUAGUGGGAGCUGAGGCUGGAGCAAGGCAAUUAGAGGUCACAAUAAAUAGGAUUGGAGAGAGAGACGGAAAUGCAACACUUGAAGAGGUUGUGAUGGCAAUCAAGUGUAGAAGGGAAUUGCUAGGACUUAAUAUAGGCAUUGAUACUAAAUACAUUGUUGCAGCAAGCAAAAUGGUUGCGGAGUUCACCGGCUUAUAUGUGCAACCACAUAAAGCUAUUGUUGGAGUUAAUGCUUUCGCCCACGAAAGCGGCAUUCGUCAGAAUUUUUCUGAUGAUGAUAUUGAAGCACUUGUUGGAAAUAAAAAUGGUCAUUUAAAAAUAAUAUGGUCACUUGGUGAUAUUCAAGUCCUAAUGUAUAACUUGGCAGAUGAACAGAUCUCUCAUGAAAGACUAAGAAUACGAUGGAAUUAUAAGUUAUAUUCAACAGCAGGGUGAUUGUUCAGCUUGUUGGGCUUUCAGUGCCGAAGGAGCAAUUGAAGCAGCAAAAAGUAUAAUGUUAAAGAUUUACUAUCAGUACUGUCUCUGUGCGACUACUCAAAGAUUGCUCAUUGCUCUACUAAAAACAGAGGAUGCACAAGUGGAUGCCCAGCUGCAGCUCUGCAACAGAAUGGUGCCAUCAACAGUGAUAUAUAUAUAUAUAUAUAUAUAUAUAUAUAUAUCCUAUUCCUACAGUUAAUGAAGCUAGAUUUCUAUCUAGUUGUUGAAUGAUUAGCCACUGAUUAAAUAGUAAUUGAAAAUUGAUUAAGCCGGCCUUGACAGUGAUGUCUUUUGGAUUAAAAUGUACAUGAACCUUCUUGGCUUGUGUAAGGAUACAAAUUGUCUGUCUUGAUGCCACCUUUGUCUCUAACAUUCAUAAGAGGU